GCAUCGUGUAACGUACAUGUAACAUGUACAUGUAAUAUGCGGCCUGAACGCGUGACGUGAAUGAACUAUUGUGAAAAUGCUUCCGGAAUUCAAAGCAACAUCUAGUUAUCUGUAGCCUGUAAAUCUAUGUUUGCAAACGACACGAAUGUGUCCAGUGAGGAAGUAACUCGACAGUUUUGGUGAGGUCUUAUCGAUAAUUACGAUGACGUUUAACUAGAGGUCCUGAAGUUCUUUGAAUAGACGUGUGCCUUGCUCCCACACCAGCAAGCACAAUGGACCUAGAUCAGGAGAUCACUAAAAUACCGUACCCUACGCUUCUAAAACUCUCACAACACCUUGAUGUCGGGAACAAUGACAUGAACUGGAGGGCCUUGAUUGCCAACAUUCCGGACCAGAUAUAUGAUGACACUCAGAUAGAAACGUUUGCCCUAGCGGUCCACGAGUACUACGGCAGCCCUGCCAUGUCACUACUGCGGAAUCUCGGCGACAGGAUGCGCACCGUGCGACAGCUGAUCUCCUACCUGGAGAAGAUGUCGCACGAGAAGUGUCUGUGUCUGCUGAAGUUGCCGGAAAGAAUCAGACUUUUGCAAGUUCCCUUGUCACAGACAGUCCAGGCAGGUCCGCAGUCCCAGGCUGUGCUCGCCUGUAACGCCAAGGGGUUCCCCUUCCCUCACUACUGCUGGUACCGGGCCUAUGCCGAGACCAACGGAGACCGGAAAGACGUCAAACUGGAAGAGGUCCAAAACGAAACCGACAGGGUCCUAAGAAUUAGUCCUGUUUGGGAGAAGCACAGCGGUGCUUACUGCUGCAAAGUUUACCAUACCAUAAAUGGAGCCAUGAAAGAAGUAUUCACAGACUGGGCAUACCUGGAGGUAUGCCCAGCCAGCGAAGAGGACAGUUAUUUCUUGGACGAGGAUGCCGAACAAAUGUUGAAACCUCAGAUUGUCCAGCAGCCACCGGUGUCUCUCUCAGUUCGACCGGGCAAGCCCAUCAAGGUCACUUGCCUGGCCACCGGUUGCCCGACCCCGAAGUACCAGUGGUACCGGUACGGCUACUCGUGCAGAGACAGUCCGCUGGAGCCACACGCACUGAGGGACCAGACUGACAAGACACUCUAUUGGGCCCAAUCGACUACCGGGGACCAGGGAAAAUACUGCUGCCGAGUGUGGAACAAGGCUGGCUGUGCCACGAGCAUCACAGUCAGCAUUAAUGUGGAUGCCAGACUUGCUGAGUCGUAUCCCGAUAAGAUUGAGGUUGUGCGCCAUCCCCAGAGUAUAUCCUGCCGCAUCGGGGAGCCGCAGAUCCUAGCAUGCCACGCGGUUGUCUCUCAGGGAACACUGUACUACCAGUGGUACCUCAACCACCAGGAAAUUCCAAAAGCCACGCAGCCCGAACUUCAUUUUCUUCAGGUUAAGCCGGAAGACCACGGCGUAUACCAAUGUCGCGUGUACAACGAGUACGCCUGCGUCUUCUCCAACGAAGCCAUGCUUGACGUGAUAGGUGGCAUGAUCGCGCCCACCUCCAACUGCCAAUUCUACGCUACGGACAAAGUGGCAUUGCUGAUCGGUAACCUGGACUAUCGCUCGGCCGGGCAGCUCAAGGCACCUGAGGUCGACGUGGAGGAACUGACCAAGGUCCUGUCUGAGCUGGAAUUCAAGGUGGUGUCGCUGCUGGACCUGAACCUGCAAGAGAUGAUUUUUGCCAUAAAAGCCUUCUGCGACCUGCUUAACUCUGGAGUUUACGGCCUGUUUUACUUCAGUGGCCACGGCUUCGAGACAGACGGACAAAGUUACCUCGUGCCCGUGGACGCUCGGACGGGCUACUCAACGACGGAGUGUAUGUGCGACCAGCAAGUCCUAGAUCUCAUGCAGUACAGGAAUACCGCCCUCAAUGUCCUGCUGCUAGACAUAUGCCGGAAAGCCAAUGACGACAAGGAUGAGGCACCAGCCAAAUUCCAACCCAAAGUCAAGGGCAACACAGUGUUUGGCUAUGCUGCGCAGACCAACACUCAGGCCUGGGAGGUGGACGGCCAGCCCUCUGGCAUCUUCACCAAGUACCUGAUCAAGAGAAUCAGACAGGCCAAGAAGAUCACUCACGUCCUGGAAGACGUCAUGGAAGAUGUACACCAUGACCAUUGCGGUUACGGCAGGCAGUACCCAUCUCUGUCACAUGACCUGAACGAGGCCCGCUCGCUUCGAGAUCCCAUCAACCCCAGCGGUCAUACUCAGGAGAUCAACGCACGAAGCAAGAUGUGGGCAGAAGCCCAUCUUCUUCCAAAGAACCCGAUAUGGAUGAAGUUUGGGCAUGACGUCAUGGUGGGCAUCGAUUUAGCCACGCGCUUUUCCAACGUCAUGCUGAUGCACACCUACAUCCCUCCAAACUGCAUGGGUGAGGCCACCAAUUGCCACGUCAAACUGGAGAAUUUCAGCCCGGAACUCGACAUUAACAUGCAGCAGCAUGAUGUUGGCUUUGGGGAGUACCCCUCACAGACAAUUGUGAAGAUGAUAGUUACCACAGUACGUAACCUGCAAAGGUUAAGGGGUGACUUGGAGUGUACGGUGACCGUGGAAGGCAUGUACCGGGGAAAGCCCUUCAAGGAGACCUUACCAUUAUUCAUUCACAAGCCCUUGGUGUCCAAGUUGUGGCAGACCAAGCACUACGCAAUACCCAGUGAGGAUAGUUGCCCGGACUCAUCUACAAGCACAGAAUGACUGGGCACUGACCCUCCUUCGCCCUUCACCCAUCUUCUCAUUCCCACUUUCCCCACCCCUACCUCCACCCAACACCCCUACCUCCACCCAACACCCCCAUCCCUACCGACACCUCUCCCCCAACUUCUCACCUCCCCCACCCCAACCCGCAGGUGCCAAUUUCAUGGAACUGCUUAACAGUUGACAAAAAAGUUGUGCCAACUAGAGCAGAAAAUGUGUUAACUUAAUCUUCAUGUUGUUUGUUACUCAGUCAAAAUUUUGUCCGCUUCCCCUGAUAUACAUUUGUACACAGACUAGUUAAAAAAACAGUCAGAUCACAUUCCUGUAACUUUUCAAAUUCCAUCAAAUGACAAAAGAGGUCAUUGGUAGGUACAUAUCUGGCAUAUCAAUCAUCUCCAGUCAAAGCAUGACUAUAUUAAAUUAACAAG